GGUGAACAAUUGUGUUGGAUUCUCCAAUUACAAGUUUUUUUUCCUUUUCUUGGCUUACUCUUUGCUUUACUGCAUAUUUAUUGCUGCCACUGAUCUGCAGUACUUUAUCAAGUUUUGGAUGGAUGAAAUUCCAAUUAAGCGGCUGAAGGAAUAUUGGAAUGGCCUGCCAGAUACCCAAGCUAAGUUCCACAUCAUGUUCCUGUUCUUUGCAGCUGCAAUGUUUUCCAUCAGCCUGUCCUCCCUGUUUGGAUAUCAUUGCUGGUUAGUCAGUAAAAACAGGUCUACCCUUGAGGCCUUCAGAGCACCUGUGUUUCGACAUGGUCCUGACAAGAGUGGAUUUAGCUUAGGAUGCAGCAAAAAUAUGAAGCAAGUAUUUGGAGAUGAGAAGAAAUACUGGUUGCUACCCAUCUUUACAAGUCUAGGUGAUGGUUGUUCCUUUCCAACGUGCUUAGUGAAUCAGGAUCCAGAGCAGCCAUCCACUCCAUCUGCUCAGAACAUAUCUGCCAAAAAUAUUACUGAAGCACAUCCAUUUCCUGCAAAACCUUUACGAGAAUCCCAGAACCAUUUACUGGGUAGUGGACAAACAUGGUCUGAGGGAGCUUCUGACGAUGAGAAAGGCAAGCUUG